AUGGAGGAGGCGGUCCGCAGCGUGGCGUUCAGCCUGGACGGAUCCCAGCUGGCUCUGGGGAUGAAGGAUGGCUCCUUCACCGUGCUGAGAGUCAGGGACAUGACGGAGGUCGUCCACAUCAAGGACAGGAAGGAGGUGAUCCAUGAGAUGAAGUUCUCUCCAGACGGAGCGUAUCUGGCUGUUGGCUCUAAUGAUGGCCUGGUGGACGUUUACGCCGUCGCCCAGAGAUACAAGAAGGUGGGAGAAUGCAGCAAAUCCACCAGUUUCAUCACACACCUGGACUGGACUGUGGAUGGGAAGAUCCUGCAGAGCAACGAUGGAGCAGGAGAACGCCUCUUCUACCGGAUGCCACAACAUUUGUGGAGAUCUGCUUUCCUUCCUCCUGCAGUGGGAAAACCCAUCACCAACAUCGAGGAGGUGAAAGGUCAGCGCUGGGCCUCCUGGAGCAGCAUCCUGGGGUCAGAGGUCAGCGGCAUCUGGCCCAAAUACUCUGACUCAACGGCCAUCAACGCGGUGGACGCCAACCUAUCGGCCGGCGUCUUGGUCUCCGGGGACGACCUGGGCCUGGUGAAGCUCUACCGCUUCCCCUGCCUGCGGAGAGGAGCCAAAUUCAAGAAGUACUUGGGCCACUCGGCGCACGUCACCAACGUCCGCUGGUCCAGCGACCUGCAGAGCGUCCUGACCACCGGCGGAGCCGACCACGCCCUCUUCCAGUGGAGGUUCCUGCCGGAGGACGGGGCGGGGCGGCGCGCCGGACGCAAACACAGCAGUUCAGGGUUGGAGUUAAAUCGACACAUUGUGGGUGAGAAGCUGAAGAUUUGGAUCUGUGUGAAACUGGGACAGUUUUAG